UGAAAAUCGGUAAGCCAUGUUGUUCGGAAAAUUCCUGCCUGAAAAUUUGCGAUGUUUUCUUCCUCACAAGUGAAGAAAUACGAUUUUGAAGAGGAAAGAAUCAACGGACAGUUUGCAAUUGAACGGCCAUGUGAAAUGGCUGCUCAAACUAGUUGUCGUGUGCAAUGCGUGAACUUAGGUCGCCCCAAAAUCUUUUUAAAAAUUAUGUACACGCCUAGAACGUGUAUGUAUUGAAGAAAGAAAGUUCUUUGAGGAAAGGGUUAUCGAAGUGACGCACAGUGCCCAAGACUGAGUGACUGUCAUAAAAGUUGGGCCUAAUUAGAGAAAGAAGCUGAAAAAGAAACAUGAGCACAUCAGGUGGUGAGCCUCACACUCUACUGAAUGCUCUCAAACCAAUGCUAGGUUCUUUAGGAGACAUCAAGACCCCUCAAGAAGUGGUACAAAUAAUAAGUUUAAUGCGAAAUGCAGAGAAGUUGAUGAGUCGCUGUAUCUACUUGAACAUCUUGAAGGCUACCAUUUCAUCUGCAAAGGAAAAUGAAACUGCAAGUGAAUCACUAGAAAAGUUUAUGAUUGUAGGAGGCUGGAAUAUAUUGAAUAGGUGGUUAGUUGAGGCAAAGAAAACUGAGAAUUUUCCUGUUCUAGUAGAACUACUGGAGGUCUUGAGAGAUCUCCCUGUGAAUAUAGACACUUUAAAACAAGGCAAUACUGGUAAGAUUAUCAAGCAUCUCACAAAGUUAGAAAAUCAAGAUGUCAAGAAGCUUGCUUCAGGAAUCGUUAAGCAGUGGAUGAGUCUUGUUAGAAAUCAGACAGGAACAUCAGAAAAAGGUGAUAAGCCCAAGCUGAACGGUUCUGCCAGUGGCGAUGAUCCUUUGCAAGGCUCUAAGCAGGCUGUUUCUUCAACUGAAGGGAAGCCUGCAAAGAGAAUGAGAGACAACAACUCAACAGAUUCAAACAGGUCACCUCAAGUUGAGAAGAAGAGUAAAACCCUGAGUGAAGUUAAAAGUGAUGUGAAGCAGAGCAUGGCACAAAAGAAUGUUUCUAAAACAAAAGUUAUCCCACCUCAGCCUAAACCUGUUGCCAUGGAGAGUGCAGGAUUCAUGAAUGCCUUAACAAUUGCAGCAUCUGCUGCCCCUGCACGAAAAAGAAAACGCGUGUCAACAGCUUCAAAGACUGGAACAACCAACACUUCAACUUCAGUAUCUCUGACCACAACUACCAAGCCGACAUAUACAGGAAUUCUUGAUGCCAUUUUGGACAGUCAGUCACAAACACAUGGCCAAGAGGAUGGAAGAGAAAAGGAAAAAGAAAACAAAGAUAAAGAAGCUGACAGUUCAAGCAAUAACAAGUCUGGUUCAUCUCCUAAUGGGUCACCUGAUGACACAUCUGCACCAAGUGGAGAUAUAGGAGAUUUUAGUAAAGGGUCAGAGUCAUCUGAAAAAGAAAAUUCCCCCAAUGCAGCAUCACAGGCAUCAACAGAUACAGUAGCAUCAGCAGUCGAUGAUGUAGAGGAGAAACCAGCAAAGAAGUCAAAGAAAGGCAAAAAAGUGACAUGGCCUGAUGAUGAUGCAAACCUUGCUAUCUUCCAUUACUUUGAGAUGGAUGAAGAUGAAAGAGCUUUGGUGAGACAUCCUGUGAACUUCCUUGAUGCAGCACAUAAUGAAAUGGUCAGGGAGAGACAGCUUGUGGAACAAGCCAAACGCUUGAGUGAAGACAUAAUGACUGAAAGAAUUAAGAAAACCAGAGAAGCUAGUAUACUGGCAGAUAUAUUUUUAACGAAGUCAAGUUUGCCUGACAGCCCUGCAGAACCUGAACCAGAUAACCAAAAAGGAAGUUCUGAAGAACCUAGGGUUAUACCACAUGAUGAGAAGGGGACCACUCAUGUGCCUGCCAAAGCUCCAGUUGUAUCUUCUAACAACAACAGCAGUGUACAGCUUCCACCAGCACUGAUGUCAUUGUUGUCAUCAGCGUCCUCAACUGCAGCGGGAUCAGUAUCUCAGGGAAGUGGUGACAGGGGACCUUAUAAUACAGUUCAAGCACUACUUGAUAAAAUAAUGAAGCCCACCCCACAGUCUAACUCGCCCAACAUGGCACCUGGUUCUCAGUCUCUCUCUCAAAAUGAGCCGGGGAGUUCUUCCUUGCCUCCAGCCCUCCAACAUAUCCUGGAACCUCUUCAGCAAAACAAAAUGGGUCCUCCACGCGUACAAGGACCCGGACAAGGUCACGGACCAGGACCCAUGCCUAGCAUGGGUCCAGGGGCUGGAUUGCUGGGUGCUGCACCAGGUGAUCCAAUGGGGAGUCUGAAUGUCUUUAGACCAUCCGGUCCCAUGGGUCCUAGAGGUGUACAAGGCCCACAUUUAAGACCUGAUAUGCCCCCGCAUUUUCAAGGCCCAGGAGGCCCCAGACAAGGACCCCCAAUUGGGCCGCUGUUUCCCAAUCCAGAGGGCCCCAUGAUGGGUCCUCGCAUGAGGGGACACAUGCCAAUGCGAAUGCAGGGCGGACCAGGUAUAGGAAGAGCCAUGCCAACAGGUCCUCGGCCUCUUUUACCAGAGAUGGCCCAACGAGACGACUUCCACUCGGACCAGUUCGACGAUGGAGGGGAGUAUGGUGACGAAGACGAAGAAGGCGAACCAGGAGACAUGAGCAUGCGUGGUAGGGGUCGAGGGAUGCCGCGUGGUCGUGCACGUGGAAGGGGACGAGGCAGAGGAACGCCUCCUGUCUGUCGACAUUUUGUGUCGAAACGAGGCUGCCUUAGAGGAAACACGUGUCACUUUUUGCAUCCUGGAGUAAAUGGACCUCCAGUUUGACAAUGAAUGAAAGAGCGUUGGAAGAUGGUGGCACUAGAUUCCUGGGAACAUGCUUUUCAUGAUGACAAUUACGUCAGGCAACAGGGGAUUAGACCAGAACUAUCUCUUGUGCAGAGCUUUUGUGCUCGGGCAUGACGUGGAAUUUACUGUUUUGUCUUCAAGUUACUAUAUAUAUUUUUGAUAAGAAACAAGUUUACCAAUGUUAUUUAAUAGGGGAUAAAAUACGGGUAAUGCUCCAAGUUUUCAUUUACAGUCGGCAGCGAGACGUAUGUUCUCGAGGUGGUAGAAGCACAGUAGAGGAAGGCUUUCUACCGAUCAAUUUAAGAAUGACAGUGAACACCGUUGAAGAAAACUCUUCCUAGCCGUGCGUGCCAAAUCAGGGAAACAAGCCCAGCAAGGAGGAAAAAAUACUAAAUUGUUUUUUCCUUUCUUAUAAAGCUCAAAGCUCUCUUGGUAUUGUUUGAAAUGGGGUCCAGCAAAUGAAACCAAUCUUUUUAGUGUGAUGGAGUAAGACAGAGAUAAAUAUUAAGUGAUUAUUAAUAUCUUGUGAUACUUGUGCGAUUUGUUUCCUUGAUUUGGUAUCAAUAUCCAAUGAUUUCUUCUCGCUGCCAAGCAGUAUUGGAUUGCACUUCGUAUUUUGACUCAAAUCGUCUUUUAUCCAUUCAUCUCCGUGGAAACUAGAGCGUAUUUUAUGACGAGCGUUCGUUAUUGAAAUUAUCUUUGUACAAAUUGUUUAAAGUGUGGAAACAGCGCAUGUAAAAUACUAGGUAGAAAUAAUUUUAAAGUGAUAUCUAUCAAGGAAUAUUUUGCGACAGAGCUAGAGAAUAAAUAUUUCGUAUCUUAGUCGGCCUGAGUUUCAGCAGAAACUAGGAGAUUCAACUUCAAAUUUGUAGCGUAAUCUCAAAGUGAUGCUGAUCCCAGGGAAACAGAUAUUGCGUUCUUGGCUAAGGUAGGAAUAACCCCAACGCAUUUAGUUUGCCUUUUCGCUCCAGCUGCAACGAAAGUUGUUUUGUCAUGGAUAUCCUCUCCUUCGUUUCGUGUCCUUAUAAUUUACCGUUAUUGUCUCCAUCUGAGUGAUAUAGCCAAUUGAUUGUGCAUACGACGAAGUUACUGACAACUUGAAAGACAGUAGAAAUCUACUCGUUUUUCAGCUGCACAUUCCAGUUUACCUUUGAGUUUAGCAAUGGCAAUGUCAACUUUAGGAAUUACCUCUCCUAAAAUAGUGCAUUUUUUCAGAAUGGACUCUACGGAGUUUCAACCCACUUAACCUUUAUCAAGCAAUUUUCUAAAGUGAGAUUUUACAGGAAGACAUAACUUGGUAAUCGGUAACUUAAUCGGUAUCUUGUGAUAAAAGGCGAAGCAGUUUUAAUAGUCCAGAUGUGGGUGAAAGACUGAAACAAUCGGUUCCGACCAUUCAACACAAUUGCAGUUAACUUAUCUGGAAACCUCCACACAUCUGGGGUUCGUUUGGGAUGCAUAACGUUUCAAAUACGAUCAUUUGUUAAGAUUCAUUUACUUUACUGCUCCACAAUGGCAAAAAGUGAAAAAGGAAUCUGUCAAGAGCCGGAUGGUACAAAGCGGUUACAGAUGGAUUGCGCAACCUUUAAAAUUCGUUGUGAAUACAAUUUACCAAUAUUCGAACAAUUCUAACUACGUAAUGAUUGGUGUUAAUUAAGGAGGUGAGAGUUCAAAAGAGAUUUCCUCGGUGCUAUUAACAGUAUUGACGAAAGUUGCUCUCACUUGUAUUUGGUUUAGUUGAUUGCCUCGCAACUUACCAUAUAAUUAUGUACCAAGGAAGAGAAUUGUGUAGCUAUCUUGGAAGUAAGCAACUUUCUUGGUUGCACGGCAAUAACAAAGAAAUAUAAAUGCCUAUUGAUAUUUGAUGGUUGAAGAGGAAUAAUGGUGCUAUCUUUUGGGUUUCUUUCACAUCCUUUAAUGAAAACUGCAACAUUCAUCAAAGGAAAUAAUUUGUUUAUGAUGAGAUAUGCGUGAGUACCAUUCGGGCGAAGAAGGCUGGUUAUUUCUCCAUUCUUCUACUUCCGGGUCAUUGCUAGGGUCUCACUAUAUCGCCAAUCGUUAUUCCUCUUCAGCCCUUUGAGAUUUAAUCAUGUUAAUGUUAAAAUUGAUAUUUGAUGUACACUUCUUCCAUUAAAGCUAAUUUUAACGAG